AGACAUACAGCCUAUAUAUAUGUACAUGUAUAUAAACAUGCAUGCAUCCUCCUGUGACUCUAAAAGAAGAAAAAGAGACAAGGACCUGGUGCCUCUUAUCUCUAAACACUCAGGUUUCCAGGAUGUCCACGUCAUGAUCUUUGUAGGAUUUGGCUUCUUGAUGACGUUUCUCAAGAAGUACAGCUUCGGCGCCGUGGGUUUCAACUUCCUCAUCGCUGCCUUCGGCCUCCAGUGGGCCCUGCUCAUGCAAGGCUGGUUCCACUCUCUGGACUACAGUGAUGGAAAGAUCAAAAUCGGAGUUGAAAAUCUGAUCAAUGCGGACUUCUGUGUGGCUGGCUGCUUGAUUGCGUAUGGAGCCGUGCUGGGUAAAGUCAGUCCAGUGCAGCUGAUGGUCAUGACUCUGUUUGGCAUCACCUUGUUUGCUGUGGAGGAAUACAUCAUCCUGGACCUCAUACACGCCAGAGAUGCUGGAGGCUCCAUGGUGAUCCACACAUUCGGGGGCUAUUAUGGCCUGUCCAUCUCGUGGAUGCUCUAUCGGCCAAACCUGGACCGGAGCAACCGGCUGCAGGGCUCCGUCUACCACUCGGACGUCUUUGCAAUGAUCGGCACCCUCUUCCUGUGGAUGUUCUGGCCCAGCUUCAACUCCGCCGUCACAGACCACGGGGACGGGCAGCACCGAGCGUUCAUCAACACCUACCUGGCUCUGGCCUCGACCGUGCUCACGACCGUGGCCAUCUCCAGCCUCUUUCAGAAGCAUGGCAAACUGGACAUGGUUCACAUCCAGAACUCGACUCUUGCUGGAGGCGUUGCAGUGGGAACAGCAGCAGAGUUCAUGCUGAUGCCCUACGGAUCUCUGAUCGUAGGAUUCUUCUGCGGCAUCAUCUCCACCCUGGGAUACAUCUACCUCACGCCCUUCAUGGAGAAGUACCUAAAGAUCCAGGACACAUGUGGCAUCCAUAACCUCCACGCCAUGCCGGGAGUCAUAGGUGGAAUCGUGGGAGCCAUUACAGCGGCGGCGGCGACCGAGUCAGUAUAUGGCGCUGAAGGGCUUGCUAACACCUUCGACUUUGAGGGAGCUUUUGAAGACACAAAACCCACUCGACAGGGUGGUCUCCAAGCCGCGGGCCUCUGCGUGGCUAUCUGCUUCGGGAUAGGCGGAGGCAUCAUCGUCGGUUGUAUCUUGAGACUACCGAUUUGGGGAGAUCCUGCAGAUGAGCACUGUUUUGAUGAUCAGGCCUACUGGGAGCUUCCUGAUGAGGAGGAGGAGGAGAGCAUCCCACCCGUCCUGCAGUACAACAACCACCACACGCACAACAAAGAUAUAGCGGUGUCAAAUUUCAACAUGGAGCAGAACUGACGUUAGGCCUCGAUCAGGAUGGAGCUCAUGAACCGUUUCUUUUUCUUCUUCUUUUUUCUCCUGGUUAACAGAAAUAUUUAUUGAAUACAAUUAUUUCUCAACAAUUUAAAGCACUUCUUUCUCAUGCAAUCAAUAUGACUAUAGAGGUUCUUUUUUUGAUCUUUUCUAUUCUCCACCAGAUACAGAUUUUCAGUUUGAAUCCAUAAAUUAUUCAAUAAAAUUGUGGUGUUAAAUGUGCUUUACUUAUUUCAACUUCGACGUCAGGUUAAUUCACUAAAAGAGAUAUUUACUGCUGCAUUUUUAUCUUGAUCCUCACAAAACGACGAGGCUCAGAUCUGGACUGAACCAACUUGAACGUGACUUGUGACUGUGGCUCCUCUAAAGUGCUGGUGAGAUGAGUGUUUGAGACCGUGUUGCAUUUCCUUUGCUUCAGAUCCAUUUGAGUUGCACUUUAAGGAUUUCACGUCUCAGUUUGUCACGAUUGAAAUUGCUUGUACAGACUGGAUGUGAAAUCAGAAGCCAACACACAGACAGGCGAGUUUGAAACUGUACAUAUAAAUUCAAUUUGUCAAGAAUUGAUACUUCUACAGGCAUUAAUAGACAAUUGUACGUAUACAUUUUAUCGUCCUAUAUAAAAUAUAUAAAAUGUUUAUGUACUACUUAUGAAUACAUAAAUCCUUUUGUCAAACUCUUUAUAUUUAUACAUUUAGAUGCAGUGGAAUAUUUAUCUCAUGUUGUUUUGAAAUGUGAAGUCAGUGAUGUAAGUUUGAAUCAAUAAAGUAUUGUUGAUUUGCAUAA